UGGUGACGACAAUCACAACCAACAAAAAACGAUCCCUUCUAGAAAAAUACGAUAUUCCUAUUGAAAAGUUAUCCUUCGCGUACAUAACAGAGUCUCAAAACGCCAGAGAAAUCGAAAAAAUGAUCUUGAUUCUUCGCUCUGGAGAGGAGGGUUACUUCCCAGACCUCCUCAGACACGCCGAAGAUCGCCUUCGAAUAUUAAAACCAAUGAGUCAAAUCUUGCGAGUUCCUCAGCCAGUCCUAACUCCAAGAAUGUUGAACAAAGAGCAGCAAGACGAGCUGAACAACGACCUGACGCAAUGGACUCGACAGAUGCAUCUCCGGGAUAAGGAUUUGGAGGACGGUAAAGCCCUGAACUUGGUUGACAACAUCCCCCAACCGGAGAUUCGCAAAUUCCCAGACAGAUCGAGGAAAGCCGCAGGUGAGGAUGAUGUGCGGAAAAAAAAAUCGACCAGAAUAAAAUCCUGCGACUAUUCCUCCUGGGACAAGUACGACGCUGACACAGAAAUCAACAGGAUCGAUCUGAAGUCGGAGCAAGAGCUGGUGAAGGCAAAGCAGUUCCAGCAGAGGAUGAAAGAGAAGAAGCUAGCGGAGAAAGAAGCCAUAAAUAAAUUAGGUUUAACGGGAACGGAGAUCGCUGUACUUGGGGAGAAGGAAAGAGAAAAGGGUAAUGAGGCAUUCAGAGCUGGAGAUUACCAAGAGGCCCUUCAGCAGUACUCACUGAGCCUUCAGAUAGACUCAACGAUAAACGGCUACAACAACCGGGCAAUUACUUAUAUAAAAUUGGGAAAAUUCGAGGAAGCGAUUCAGGAUUGCAACCGAGUCCUUAGUCUCGAUUAUCUGAAUGUCAAGGCUAUUCUGCGGAGAGCUGCGGCUUUGGAGAGUUUAGGCAGGCGACAAGAGGCCCUGGAGGAUUAUUCAGCUGUGUUACAGCUGGAACCCAACAACAAGACAGCAAUAAUAGGCGUGAGAAAGCUGUCGAUUUAUGAUGAUUGUAAAAAAGUCAGGAUGACGAUUGAAGAGUUGAACGAGGAUGAUCAAGUAGUUGACCAAAAACCUCUUACUCCUGAGACUCAGCCCCAGUCAUCAAGAGCAUCAAGAGAUGGCUUGAAAGGGUCAGGUCCUUCGAAUCCAAUAAUAGAAGAGCUGAAAAUAACCCCCGAAGGCAAAGUUGAGCCAAACCCUUUGAAGCAUGAGACGAAAGUCGUUAAGUUGACUGGAACGUCUAAAACUGCAAGAGGCAACCGCGAAAUAUGCUUCUGUGAUAGGGCACCAGGAUCUUCCACAUACAUGAAACCGCUACCCCAUAAACGAGCUGAAUAUUGUCUGGGUGUUGAGAAAAAUCAUACCAUGAAGGCUCAGUCAAUCUUCACGGUCUCAAACUCUUGUUUCAAUUAUUCUAAACCUUCUGGAGUGGUCAUUGAAGAGAUUCCUAGUGAGCCAUGUGAUGGAAUCCCAAUGGAAAUGGACAAUGCGAAGGAGAAAAAUUGGAAAAUUUCUGAUGAAUUUAAACUGAAUGUUAAUUCUCCUUACGAGUUCCUCUGCACUUGGGAAUCUUUAAAAGGAAACUCUGAUUUGGAACUUUAUGCUAAAUUACUCAGAAGUCUGAAUUGCAGUAAUUUGGAGUCGAUCAUUGGGUCGAGGCUUGAUGGAAACAUGUUGAGCACGAUUCUUCAAUGUUUAAGGCGUCAUUUUUGUAGAAAACAAGAUACCGAGUUUGUUUAUAAAUUCUUGAGUGGCUUGACGAAGCUCCGACGAUUUUCUAUCGUCAGUAUGUUCAUGGAUUCACAUGAUAAAGAAGCUGUAAAAAAUAUAAUAGACUUUGUGGAGCAACAACACGUAUUCGACACCAGAAGUCUUCAUGAGCAUUACGAUAUAACUUCGUAAUAAUUAUGAAAAUUAUGUUCUUUUAUUUUUUAUAGUUUAACAACUGAGUCGAUGUUUUAAAUAAUUAAAUAGGCGAGUGCAGUAUUGAUUCAA